CUUACAUCCACUUGUCUCCAACGUGUGUCCGGAAGCGAUGGCUGUGGAACACGGAAAGAAGAAAGGUUUGCCGCACUCGCACCUUGCGCGUGCUUGCUGCGGCUCAUGGGAAGCUAUGCCGGCCUUUGAGUCGGAGAUGGGCUAUGUCGCUGACCACGAAAACGGAAAAGCUUCGCUGUCAUUUGUCCUUUGGCGGCAUUCGAACAUUCUGCUGUUGGUUCUGUGCUUCUUUGUGGCCAUGAUUCUGGUGAGUACCUCGCUGGUGCUCUCGCUCGAUCAGCCGCGUCAGGAUCGCGAUGAAGCCGAAAAGUCCAUGAAGCGGAUUUUCGAGACGGUGUACAACACCGAACUGGCGAUUGUCAUCAUCAAGUUGGUGGUGCUGGUCGUCUCGUGGCUGCUCAUGUGUGUGGCCCUGUUCAAGUGGAAGAAUCGCGAUGUGCCGAACAAGCUGCUGCGGAUCUGCUGGCUCAUGACCUUCUCGCUGCCGUUCCUGCUCCAGCUUGUGCCGUAUCGCCGGCUUGUGGACAUUGCGGAUGCGUUUGCCAAGGAGGGCGUGACCAAGGACGUGGUGACGGCGCUGUGCGUGUCGGCCAAGGCCAGCGACGAGGGCUAUCGGUGCGCUGAGCUGGUCUCGCUGGAGGACUCGGACUGUCCCAAGAACUGCAAUGACCUCUACGAUCUGAUUCUGGUCAACAUCGAGACAGUGGUCGGCGCCGGCUACGGCGUCCGGUCGCUCAUCACACUCGCACCGGUGGUCAUCUCACUCUUCCCGGGCAUCCAGAAGGGCGCCUUGAUUGUCAAGGCUGCUCUGCCAUGGCAUCCGCUGCCGGGCUUUCUGGCCAUGUCUAAGCCGAUUCUCUUUGUCCCGCUCAUGUACACACUCUCGUCGUCGGCGUACCAGACCAUCGGCGAUGUGUGGAUGGCGCUGGCCCUGCUAUUUGUCGUCCUCUCUGAAGCCGUAUUUCUCAUUCUUGGGCGCAGGCUCAUCCACGCGCUCGACCACGAGACUCAUGCCAAGAUCAUGAAGCGGGUCUCUCGAGCCCAAAAGGCAUGCUACUGUAUGGCCUUCAUCUUCAUCCUGCUCUUCUUCAUCCUCAAUGAUCGCCUCUUCCAGCUCCUGGAGAUCAUCGGUGACGCAGCGGCGUCGUACAAGUUUGACCUGCUCAAGAUCUUUGCCAUGCUCUUCCAGUCGCUGGCCAAUGCAUUCCUCACCAACGUCUGUACUUCGGAUCUUAUUCUGAGGGUCGUUGCUGGUGAGUAUGUUGAGAUGGCGGCGACCCGGAGCGUCGUCUUCCCGGUCCUCGACGAUCUAGUUGAGUUCUACGAGCUCGAGCCGUCCGAGUCCUCGGCCUCGGUCGCUGCCGCGCCUCCCAACCUCGACGAAAUGCCUGACGUUGCCGACAACAAGGUCUUUGCCGCCGAUGGCCCUGGUGAUCUUGAGCUGUAGGCCAUGUCCGUGCUCGAGCAUUUGCCCGUGCCACUGCUGGUCGAUCUCUACAAUGAACGCUGUGUCCCCGUCUACACAA